AUGGGACCCUUCUACUUCAUUGCCGCGUUGGGCGCCGGUGUCCUAUCCCACCUUGCCUUUUUCCGCGUUGGCGAGCAUCACCUUCACGGCAUGCAAUAUGCCCUGACGACUAUUGCAGCUUGCAUCGUUUCUAUCUAUGUACCACACUACUUCUUCCAUACCUCCAUCUCGACCUCCGCUUCCAGCACCCUGGCUCUAGCAUCUUGCUACUUCACUGGUCUCUAUGCUAGCCUUAUCAUAUUUCGGAUCUUCUUCCACCCGCUCAAGAAUUUUCCGGGUCCUCUGGGAUGCAAGAUCUCCAGUGCGUGGUUUGCAACCUACCUGUUAAAGCUGGACGCGUUCCGUCAACUCCAAAAACUGCAUCAGAAGAACGGCCCCUUCCUACGAAUCGGCUCCAAUGACUUGUCCAUUGCUCACCCUCAGGCUAUCCAGGCUGUGUACGGUCUCGGUACCAGAUGCCGCAAGGCAGCCUGGUACGAUCUGUCAUAUCCAAUGGUGUCACUGCAAACCACACGGGACAACGCCUUGCACGGGAGACGACGGCGGCUUUGGAGCUCAGCCUUUGGCGAAAGGAACCUGCGAGACUAUGAAAAGCGCACCAGUCAUUACCGGGAGCUUCUAAUCAAUGCCAUCGAGAAGUCAGAAAGUCGACCCAUGGACGUGGCCAAGUGGUUCAACCUAUUCACCUUCGACGUCAUGGGCGACUUGGCCUUUGGGAACUCAUUCCAGAUGCUUGAGACCAGCAAGGAACACCGAGCAAUCAAGCUGCUCAACUCGGGCCUCACAGGUCUGGGCUUCAAGUUGCCCAUGUGGUUCUUCCGCGUCAUGAUUGGCAUCCCCGGUUUGGCCAGGGACUGGUGGGGGUUUAUGAAAUACUGUGUUCAGCAGCUUGAAAAUCGCAUGAAGAACCCAAAGACAAAGGUGGACACGCCAGACAUAAUGAGCUGCCUUCUGAAGCCUUCGCGAAAUAAGAGACCAACUGGUCUUGAUCGUACCUUGCUCGAGGGCGACUCGCAGCUCAUCGUAGUUGCUGGAAGUGACACGACAUCUACCACGCUGACGAAUAUCUUCCGGUACCUGGCAGAGCAACCUGAUCAGGUCGAUCAUCUACGCGCCGAGAUUGACAAGCUGCCACGGUCAGAGCUUGGGGACUAUGUUCCCACCGACUUGGCGGAUCUGAAGCAUCUCAAUGGAACGGUCAACGAGUCUCUGCGACUCUAUCCACCUGUGCCAACAGCACUUCCACGCCUCACUCCUCUAGAGGGCCUGACUAUAGACGGCACCUUCAUUCCGGGCAACGUUACCGUGUACUGUCCUCAAUAUGUCCUCGGUCGAAGCCCGGAAUGCUAUAUCCGCCCCGACGAAUUAAUCCCCGAGCGAUGGUAUUCACUCCCCGAGCUGCUCAAGGACGACGCGGGCUUCGCUCCGUUUUCUGCAGGCCACUACGGCUGUAUUGCCAAGCCUCUAGCUCUGCUCAAUGUCCGAGGGACGGUUGCGCGGAUUGUCGCCGAUUACGACGUUCAAGUCGCACCAGGCCAGAGCCUGGCAGAGUAUGACCUGGGGAUGACGGAACACUUUACUCUGGCGCCUCCGCCACUGAACCUUUGCUUUACCAAGCGCGUACGAUCAGAAUGA